CGCAUGUAAAGUACACGCUCGCCCCAGCCGCGCUAUUCUCGACUCUUGCUUUGUUGCUGUGCAAGCAGCAGGCCUCGGAAAGAUUAAGAGGUGCUUGAGAACGAGCACUGGUGUACCCUAUGCUCAUUAGGCGAUACUUCGGCGGAGUCCAUCACGCACAUUAUAACAUGGCAGCCAACAUCCAAAUUGAGCCUGAACCCCAAGCCUCAGCACUUAGAAACGACAAAGACAGCAAACACCCUGCCUCAUUGUCUGACAAUGGAAUCCACUGGGAUGCAAAUUUCCCACUGCAGCGAAGACCAUUACACCGAUCGAGCUCAGGUAAACCUCUUAAGGGGCGGGGCUCUUUGAAGGAGACAGGGUCCACCAAGCCACACGUAUCGCUGCACCAGCAUGCAGCGUUACCAUCUCAGGAAUUGCUCGUGUAUGCAGGAGUGAUCGCCUUCCUGUUCGUCUAUAUUCACCAACAUAUUAACCAACUAUCAAAAGAAAAAGCAUUCAACUUAAAGUAUUUGAGUGAUGGCUGGUCACUUUUUGGACAACGAAAGAAGGAUGUUUCACAUGACCAGUGGACAGCAUUUGUUGUCACAAUGACAAGACCAUCAGUGGUACUUUCUUACAUCGCCUACAUCACUUUGGGUCAACUUGUAUUGCUUGCUCCUCAGUUUAGGAAGGUGUUCAUGUUGCUAUUCUCGACGCUGUGGAUUUACCUGGGUUUAGGCAUCAAGGUUUUAGGAGUCCUUCUGCUGCAUUCAUUCAUAGUGUAUAUAGUCUCCCAGUCCAGAAGGCAGAUGCUAGUCUGGGCUACAGUCCUGCUGGCAAUUUCCUCAGUUCUUGUUGACCCCAUCAUAACAAUUCAGGAACGAUAUCUUGGUAACACACAGGAUGGAACUGUGUGCAUUUUAAUAAGCUCCCUGCGCCUUCUGUGUUUUGGUUUGGAGUUUUGCCGCAAGAGCAAGGCGGAGAAGCCCUCGACUGGCUACAACCUCUUUGAUCUGCUACUCUUCAAUUUCUACCUACCAGUGUUUCCAUAUGGGCCUCUUGUAAGCUAUGACACCUUCCUAGCUCAGAUCAAUGUAGAAGUCAAACCUCUGUCUGGGAAGGAACUCAAGAUGAUUUGUAUAGAGAUUAUCAGAUGUGUGAUCUGGGCUGCCCUGACGGAAGGCAUCACUCAUUUUCUUUAUUUUGGUGCGAUGACAAAUCACUACAAAACACUGACGACCCUUGAUGCAAAGGAUCUAAGCUUUCUGGCGUUGUAUCACUUGUUCUUCUUCCAACUGUCGACGUUUGUGCCGUACAGCUUUUCCCGAAUCAUUGCAUUAUUCGACCGCAUUGACGUCCCUCAACCGCCGAUCUGCAUUCUCAGUAUUCACUUUUUCAGGGACAUGUGGAGAUACUUUGAUAGGGGGCUAAAUGCCAUGUUAACAAAAUACAUCUACAUUCCCCUGGGCGGCUCUCAGCAUGGCCCUCUCCGUCAAUCCCUUGCAGCCCUCGUGUGUUUCCUCUUUGUGGCAUUCUGGCACGGAGGAGGCCAGAUUUACUUCACCUGGGCCCUGCUUAACUGGAUCGGUGUUCAGGUUGAGGUUGCUGCUUUGGCAUUCAGUCGCUACUUUGGACCUCUACAAAAACUUCAGAAGAGCAUGUCCCCGGCGAUGCUGAGGCGUUUCUACGCUGCCUGUGCUGUGCCUAAUUAUCUCUUCCUGGCUGUGUCUAACCUGGUCUUUGUCAUUGGACCAAGCAAGACAAGAUACUUCGUCUAUUCGAUGAUCUUUAAAGACUGGCCUUGGAAUAUUCUUGGCAUCACCGUCGCUUUCUACUGCUGUAUGCAGGUGGUUAAUGAGGUGGAGAGGAGAGUUGGUAAAAAGUUGUUGCUGUCAAAGAAAUAUCUCUGAGAUAUCAACAUCUGUUCUGGAGAAUUUUUUUAUUUGUUUGAAGUACAAGUAUAAUACAAGUCUGCAAGCCCAUGCCAGGAUAUAUACAUGUUUGUGUCAUUUUACAGCAGUAUUUGAACUAAUUCGAAGUGGGAUAUUGUUAGUAUGAUUUCCGUGCGUACACUGAAAAAUUGCCUUGGUUAAUUUUACCCAAUUUUAAAUUUAAUUUGGUCUUGUAUGACUACAACUUUUGGUUGAAUUUAACAUUAAUUCUAACCCAAACAAUUGGUUAUAGAACAACCCAAGUUUGUGUAGUUCCAGUUUUCACCAUUUUUUUGGUAAAAUAAACCCAGACAAUUUUUCAGUGUAAUUCGAGUAUGAUUUGAACAUAGGCCUAAAAACUAUUACUUCAAAUUAAAACCCCAUUGUGCAUGGAGAACAUGUAGUUUUUUCGCCCUCAGGUUCAGAGUAACUCGUGGUAUCUUUCAGUUACAACUUGAUUUUGUUUGGAUACAUUACGAACCGCCAGCGUUGCAUAAUUAGCGAUGAUACUUGAUCACCCCACGUUUAGCCCGUAUGUUUACAACCGUCGGGCGAGCAAAUGAAACAUUUCUCGAUCACUGAUUGGUUCACUAGAAAAGCCUAGGGAGAA